AUGGAUGACCCAAGCCAGCAUUUCCCGCCUGGUUCGCUGCCCGAAGGCGAGCCAGCGCCAGCGCAGGCGGCGGCGGAGGGCAUGGAAGACGCGGAGAACCUUCUCGACGACAUGCUCGAAGCGGCCGAGGCCGCGCGGCACGAGACCGAGCUGACGCUGGCGCCGCAGGCGCCCGACGAGAAUGAGCCGUUUGUGACUGUGGCGGGUGUGACUGCAGGCGAUGUGCCGGAAGGGGUGGUGGAAGAAACUGUGACUUAUCACGGUGUGACUGAAGGAGAGGUGCCUGAAGCGGAAGCAGGUGAAGGCGAGGGGUUUGAUCUAAAUAUGGAUGCUGGUGGGGGUGGGGGCGGUGCGGCGGCGGUUAUUAUAACCGAGGGCGCAGCAUCUGAAGCCGAACCAGGGACCGGACCAGAAACCGAUCCUGGUUCAGGUUUGGGUGUUGCCGAGCCUGAGAGUCUGCCGGUCGGGACUGAGGAGCAGCCUCGGGAGACUAUUGGCGAAUACCAAGAGGCGGGCGGAGAGGGCGGGGAUGGCCAUAUCAUGCAGCAGGCAAUGGCAGGUGCUUAUGUUGAGGGAGGCAUGGCGGAGGGGGAGCAGCCGAGAGCUGACGUGGAAAUGGCUGAAGCAGCGGAAGGAACUCAUCCGGAGGGUGCUUAUAUUGAACCAGUGCAGUACGAAAGUGUACAGCAGCAGGGGCACGUGGGCGCAGAGCAGGCAGAGGCAGCAGAGCAAGCGCAGAUGGCAGCUACCCCAGAUGAGCCUGCUGUCGCGGGCCAGCAACCAGCUGUAGCUGAGCAGGAGGCAGGUGAGGCCUGGCAGGGCGAGGCUGUAGCACAGGCCGAACCGGCUGUAGCAGGGUACGAACAUGGUGAAGGGCCCGCUGUAGCUGGGUAUGAGCCGGCUUUCCCUGGCCAGGAGGCGGCUGUUGCUGAAGCUGGCGGAGCUGAGACGGCAGAGGGGCAGGUUGUAGCACCGGCUGAAUUGAGCGAAAUGGUUACCACUGCUGCUGUUGGCGAAGGAGAGGUGGUUACAGGAACGAACGAGGGUGGCAUGGGUGCAGAGAGCUUCGGCGAGGGGGGAAUGGGGCAAGGCGAAGGGGGAAUGGCGCAAGGCGAAGGGGGAAUGGCGCCAGGCGAAGGGGGAAUGGCGCCAGGCGAAGGGGGAAUGGCGACAGCAGCAGAAGCGCAAGGGACGGUGGCAGAGGGCGAGGGGGCGGCUGGGUAUUCUCAAGGCAUGGUGGCGGUGCCUGAAGGGCAGCAUGGGGAGGAGGCAGCAUUGCCUGGGGCGCACGGGGAAGGCGGAGAGGGAGGGGGCGGGGGAGGGGGCGAGUAUGCGCAUGCGCACAUGCAAACGGGAGGGGAAGGGGGAGUAGGUGGCGCGCUAGUGCCUGUUGCAGGCGGGGAAGGGGGAGAAGAACCCGUGGGCGAGGGGGCAGCGGCAGCAGCAGCGGAGGCAGCAGCAGCAGAAGCAGAGGCGGAGGUGGCGGCGCACAUAGAGGCGGCAGAGAGGGUGGUGGUGCAGUCGCAGCUGCCGCAGCCCCCGCCGUGUCCCGCUGUGGGCAAUGUGGCCGUGCUGCCCAUGCUGCUGGACCAGAUCGAGGCACACAUCCUCUUCUACGGCCGUAUAUUCUGUAAGCAGUGGGCAGCAUGCGGUGCUGCCCAUGCUGCUGGACCAGAUCCUCUGAUCGAGGCCACAUCUUGUGGCCAUCCACUUCUAUGGCCGCAUCUUGUGAGUGCCGCGCUGGGUGCUGAACUGGGUCCCUUGCUGUGCUGCCACUGGUCGCAAGGAGCCUCUGGAAGAGGAGCUGCGCGCGCUGUUGUUCGCCAAGGUGCCCUCGCACCUCGCCUCGCCCACUCUGCUCCCUCAUCCGCUGCCCCCAUCCCCCUCUGCAGUCGCAAGGAGCCGCUAGAGGAGGAGCUGCGAGCGCUGGUGUUCGCCACGGUGCCCUCGCACCUCGCCUCGCCCGACCACCACCGCUGGCUCGAGAUCGCCGACGCCUGGCGCCGCCGCAGAGAGGCCGCCCCUGCCGCCCUCCUCCUGGACGGCGACGGGGCGGCAGCGGGCGGCGGCGGGUAUGUGUCCCCAGAUGGUGUGAGGGACCGGGGGCGGGGCAGGGGGAGGGGCAGGGGGCGCAGGGGCAGGCGGGGGAGCAUGCAUGCGUUUGGGUAUGGCGGAGGCAGGGGGGAGGGAGGGUACGGGGGGUACGGGGGAAGCGGGGGCUUUGAGGGGUAUGGGAUGGGGGAGAUGGGAGGGGGGAUGGGUGGGGAGGGCGGAGUGAUGGUGGCGAGUGGGUAUGGUGAAUACCCCAUGCACAUGGGCGCGGAUGGCAUGCCCAUGCCCAUGGACCCCCAUGCCAUGGCCAUGGGCAUGGGGGGCAUGGGGGGCAUGGGGCAGUUAGCGCUGGGGAACGGGGAGCCAUGGGUGUUUGACGAUGAGGGGUGGGACGCCCCUGGGAUUGCCAUCCGCGGGCGCGGCAGGGGCAGGGGGCGCGGCAGGGGGCGGGGGAGGGAGAGGGGGCGCGGGCGCAGCUGGCACCUGGUGGGGGUGGAAAUCGUCCCCUCGUAUGGGUCUGAUGGGGAGGAGAUGGGCGCAGAGGGGGAGGAGCGGGCGGGGGGCGCAGGGGGAGGGGGAGCAUCGAUGGGCACACGGCCAGUGGUGGCAUGGGCGGAGGUGUGGCCGGGGAAGCUGGAGGAGCUGGUGGAUCGGAAGGACCAUGCUGGGGUGGCUGCCGCCCAGGUCAUGACGGCUGCUGUGGUGGCCCGGGCGGCAUCGGCAGCGGUGCGGGCGGCAGCAGAGGCGGUGACGGUGUUUAAGGAGCGGGCGGUGGCUGCUGCCUGGGCAGAGAAGCAGGGGGGUGCGGGGGCGAACGGGGCGCAUGGGGGGCAUGGGGGAUAUGGGGGGCACGGGGGGUAUGGCGUGCAUGGGGGGAAUGGGGGAUAUGGGGGGUAUGGAGCAGGUGCCACGUGGCAGGAUGCCACUGGCGCAGGGUCUCCCUUUGCGGAGUCCCCCUGGGCGCCUGAGCCGCCCCUCCCCCUGACAGGAGGGGAGGAAGAGGAAGAGGAGGUAGUGGUGGUGGAGGAUGAAGAGGAGGAGGGGGGGGAAGAGGAGGAGGAGGAGAGGAGGGUGUGGGGGUUGAAGCUGCCGCACAGGUUCCAUGUGGGCAUGCCUGUAGAGGUGGCGUCGAGCGAGGAGGGGUUGAGGGGCAGCUGGUUCACAGGCACGGUGCUGCACCUCCAUGCACGCCGGGCACUCCUCCGAUACGACCACUUGCUGGACGACGCUGAGCCCCAGCGCUGCCUGCGCCCUGCCAGGCCCCCCUAUGCGGGGGCGGGGGCGGUGGGGCGCAGGGGGAGGGGCAGGGGGGGCGGGGGGAAGAGGCGCAGGGGAGGGGGAGGGGUGGGAUGGAGCGUUGGGGACCAUGUGGAUGCAUGGGUGGAUGAUGGGUGGUGGGAGGGGGUCAUCACAGCGUUGCCCGACGAUGCAGUAGCCAGCAUGGCAACCGUCGAGUUCCCAGGGUACGGGGAGAUGGCGCAGAAGCAGCUGACGUGGCAGCAGCUGCGGCCGUCGAUGGUGUUUGAUGGGCGGGAGAGGGAGUGGGUGAUGGUGCGCGCUCAGGCAGUGGGGGAGGGGGAGGGGGUGGAGGAGGAGGAAGGGGAGGAGGAAGAUGAUGAGGUGGAGGAGGUGGUGCCUGCUCCCAUGGCACAUGUCAGGCAUGCUCACUGUCCAUCUGAAGCUUGUUACCACCACCGGAUCGCCAAUAACACACAGAAUAUAUCAUCUCAUAAAAAUCCUCAUCAUAUUUCUACUUCCCCCCCACCCCUCCCCACUCCGACCCCCCAACCCUGCGUUUCUCCCCACCUUUCCUCCCCUGUUCCCCCCACUCUUUUCCUCCCCUUAUCUCUCCCCCCCAUAUUCUCCUCUUCCCUCCCCACGUUUCUCCCCCCUCCCCCUGCCUGCAGGACCCGUCACUGCCGCGGCCGAGGGGGCGGCCCCCCUUGCAUGGCAGGGGAAGGGGUCGGGCCAGGGGCAGGGGCAGAGGCAGGGGCAGGGGCCGAGGGAGAGCGCGAGGCAGGGGGAGAGUUCCCUGGUACUGAAGGGCAACUGGAGGCGAUGCAGCAGCUGAAGCUCGGCUUUGAGGGGAGCAAGCCCUCUGCGCUCGCCACGUGGACCACCAGCGACCCCUGCGACGGCACGUGGGUCGGCGUCACGUGCGCGCGGCCCGGCGUCGUCACAAGACUCGAUUUGUGUGACAUGGGCAUCGCAGGCGCGCUGUCGCCAUUCAUCGGCAACCUCACGGGGCUGCUGCAGCUGCGGCUGUGCGACAACCAGAUCGCCGGACAGAUCCCUCCCGAGCUCGGCAAGCUGUACUCGGUACAAGAAGUCGAGCUACAGAACAAUAAAUUCACGGGCGAGCUGCCUACUGAGCUAGGCGGCAUGGCGACGUGCACGCACCUUUACCUCUACGGGAAUAAUCUCUCCGGCGCCAUUCCCGCCGCCCUUAAAGCCGUCACUUACCUCAAGCUGGGUCCCGGGAAUCGUUUCUGCAGCACGAUUCCCGGCUCGCUGUGCGCUGGCGCGUCGGCGGAGCCGCUCCCCGCAACUCCCGCUCCGGUGGAAGGCCCCGCGGAUGAGGUGGGAAGCCUUCCUCCGCUGAUCAGCGCGCCGCUCCCCAACUGCCCGGCGUGUGCGGGCGACUUUUUGCCGGGGCUCGACGACGGGUGCACGUGCGCCAAGCCGUCGCUGCUCAAGAUUCGUUUCAAGGACCUGGGUUUUGCGGCUUAUAACGCGAAUCAGGAGGACGUGCUGCUCGGCGAGCUGUCCCGCGCGCUGCAGCUGGAGCCACGUCAGCUGAUGGUGAUUGGGCGCGAGCCGGGCAGCGUGAUCCUGUACCUGGCGGUGCUGCCGGUGAAUGGUUCGGCGCUGGAUGCGCGGCAGGAGGCGAAGCUGGUGGACGCCGUUACGGGCCACCGCGUCAUUCUAUCCAAGGCCUUCAGAGACUACGAAGUCCUCGGAGCGCCCGGUCUCGCGUUCAAGCCGUCGCAAGAGUUGCAGAACGCCGACGCCGAUUCGUCCUCCGCGUCUUCCGGCGCAACUUCCGGCCUCAGCACUGGAGCCAUCAUCGGUAUCGUCGUCGCUUCGCUCGCGGCCGCGCUGGUUAUCGCGGCGCUCUUCUGUCAGCUGCUGACGUGGCGCCGCGACAGGAACGCCGCGCGCCGCGCUGACGUGGAGAAUUCGCGGAUGGCCAAGGUGCUGACGGGCAGCAUCGAGGCGCCCUACAGGCCGCACGGAAAGAACUCUAUCUGGGGAAGGUGGGAUUUGCCCCGUGGCAGCCCCUUUCCGCCCGUCAAGCCGUCGAUCUCAGGAGGCAACUCGUUCAACGAGCCCGCGCUCUCCUUCCGCAGCGGCAUCCCCGGCACCCCCGCCGGCGCGCACGCGAAUGGCUGCGGCGACAGCGGUGCAGGCACGCCGCGCGACACGCCCGGCGUGUCGGAGCGGAGCUUCGCGUUCCAAGGCGCGAGCUCGCCCACCUCCCCCGCGAACACCGCCGGGUUGUGCGGCGGCGACAACGGCGACGACCCGCGGACGCCGGAAAUCGGGACGACGCGAACGGUGGGCGACGCGGAGGGCGGGGGCAGCCCCCAAGAGGUAAUAGAGAUUAAGAAGAUCGGUCUCAAGGCGAUCCACGCGGCGACGCAAGGGUACUCGAAGGCGAACUUAAUCGGUGACCGCGGGCACGGGCGCAUGUACAAGGCGGACUUCUCGAGCAAGGCGCGCGUGCAGAUGGCGGUGCUGCUCGAGCUGUCCGGGGAGAAGCUCGACGAGCCGGAAUUCGCGGCGGCGGUCAAGGCGCUGGGGGACCUGUGCGUGCAGUCGAACCGCCUCGUGGCGAUCAUGGCGUUCUGCGCGGAUAAGGGCCAGCGGUGGGUGGCGUAUGAGUAUCUGCCAGGUGGCAGCCUCAAGGACCACCUGCACGGGGACCUGCGCUUCGAGCGCGCGCUGACGUGGCAGAAGCGCGUGCAGAUCGCGGUCGACGUGGCCGCGGCGCUGGAGUUCCUGCAUGAACAGUGCGAGCCGCUGGUGAUUCACCGCGACGUGUCGGCCGAUAACGUGGUGCUGGACGGCGAGCUGCGCGCGAAGAUUAAAGACGUGGGCAUCCACACGCUCGUGCGCGAUUGGUCCGAGGGCCGCGCCGUGUCGCCGUCCGUGCUGGGGUCCAUGGGGUACCAGGCGCCCGAGUUCCGCGUGAGCGGUGAGCAGACGGCGCGGUCCGACGUGUUCAGCUUCGGCGUGGUGCUGCUGGAGCUGCUGACCGGCCGGAAGCCCGUUGACUCGUCGCGACCCAAGGGGCAGCAGUCGCUGCUGACGUGGGUGCUGCCGCACCUGGAGAACAGGCUCGCCGUGACGAGCCUGGUGGACCCGUACCUGCGGCUCAACUCCACGCUCGACCCCAAGUCGCUGCACCUGUUCGCGCUGGUGGCGGCGCACUGCCUGCAGCACGAGCCCGAGGACCGGCCGCGCAUGGCGGAGGUGCACAGCCAGCUGCAGCACCUGCUGCUCUCCCUCUCCCCCGACGGCCUCCCCUCCCCCAUCUCCCCCAACGCUGCCUCCGCUUCCCCCCUCUCCCCCGCCUCCCCCGCCUCCCCCAUGUCCCCCAUCCCCAACCUCACCGCCGCGUCCCCCUGCACGCACGCUCCGAGCCCCGACGCGGAGAACGAGAGCUGCUCGGUGGCGGAUUCAGGCACCACGAGUGGCACACACGUGUCGCACUCAGCACGGCGCUACGACCAGAAGCGCUGGGUGCAGAUCGCACCGGGCCCGGGCACUGCCGUCAAGACCCACGCUAGUGCCGUGACUCCCGCUGCCACUGGUGGUGCUGCUGGUGUGGCGAAUGUGCGCUCACCCCUUGCGCCGGUGAUCAACCUGUGA